AUGGGAAAAGUCAAGAGCAACAAAAAGAAGCAGGCCCGCCACAAUGCCACAGGAAUGCAGACCAACGCUGAAAUCUCUGAGGCCGAGAGUCUUCAGACCCUUCCCAUGGAGACCAUCCUCCCCUUGAUUGCCAAGUUGUCGUCGCCUGACGCCAACGAGCGCGCGUGGGCGGCUGCAGGUGCGAGCAACUUGUUGAUGCACGACGCAGGAACCCGUAGAAUGAUGCUCAGCAAAAACCUCAUUGGUGCCCUGAUCGAGCGUCUGACCGACUCUGUCCAUGAGGUCGUUGUUGAGGCCCUCGGAGCUCUUCGUAACUUGACCGUCGUCGGAGGCGACGAGGUCAUCAGCGAAAUGUACAACAAGAGCGUCCUCACCCCCGUCUCCGCUUUGAUCCCCGCUCUCGGAAACAUGAUCGACACCAUGCUCAGCGGAGCCGCUAUCAGUGCUGAGGAGCAGGACAAGAGGAAGACUGUCUGGGACUGGGCCGAGAACGUCAUCAGCGUUAUUUGGGCCAUGGCCGAGAACUCGGAGAAGGCGCUCAAGUUUGUCAACAAGCUGGAUAUGAUCCCCUUCCUGAUGUCCUUCAUGAGCAACGUUGACAAGAUCCCUCCCAAAGUCACUGUCGCUGCUGCCCAGUGCCUUUACACAUUGACGGACGACAACCCAGACAGCCGCGUUGUCUUUGUCAAGAACCCUAACUACAUCCAGCCACUCAAGAACAUUCUCGGAUUGAACGUCAAUGCAGAGGAGGAGCUGUUGAUCAAAACUCUUGCUGCCGGUAUUGUUAUCAACCUGCGCACCAUCAUCUCGCCCAAGGCUGCCGAGAGCGACUUUUCAGACAUCCAUGCUGCUGUCCUCCCCGUCUUGAGUGGCGCCUUGAGCUACGAUCUCCAGAAAGCUAGCGCCGAAGCCGCCACUGCCGCUCAGGUCGUUAACGCACAGAAGCAGGAAGUGGAUCUUUCAAAGCCCAACCAGCCCUCAACGACAGAGGAGCAGGCUCUUGCAUUGAUCGAGACCCGCCUGCAGACCCUACAGCUCGCGUUGGAGUUGAUUGCCAACAUUUGCACAGAGUCUGUCGAGGGCGUGGACCACGAGGAUGAGCAGGAAGAAGAGUGGAAGGACGAUGCUGGAGAUGAUGACGAGAUGGAGGCUGACGAGGAUGAGGAGAAGAUGGAGGAUACCGAGAAGAAGGACAACGACUUGGAUGAGAAUACCCUGCGGGAAAUGGGACAGUUGGCCGCAGCCGCAGCAGAGACACCCAUGGAUCUCUCUGGUCACCCCAUCAUCAACAUCCUCAUCAACACUGUCUUCCCCGCCCUUAUCAACCUUGGCACCCCUACCCCUCUCUCUUUCCCCGAGCAGGAGAUCCCUACACCGGCCACUGUCGCACCCUUGAUCACCGCACAGUUGGCUACGACCCACUUGAGAGCCAUUGAGGCAUUGAACAACUUUUUGUUGACCAUGGCGGAUGCGGUUCCUGGAAAGUGGUGGUACAAGCACCGGAAAUCCGAUGCUGAGCAGUGCUGGGUGUGGUUGUUCCAGCAGGCUGGCACCAUUGCAGGAAAGGGUGUUCAGGUUGGCGCCGAGGAGAAGGGUCAGGAGAUGCGUGGUGAUAUUCUGGAUGCUAUUGUCGGAUGUUUGUGGACUUUGGCGCGUGGACUGGAUACCCAUGUGCCCUUGAGCGACUUCCAUAUCCCUGCUUUGAUGGGUGCCUACUCUUCGACGACAUCUGAUAGCAUGCGUGUCAAGGCCAUCGGAUGCCUGGGAGUCAUCGCCAGACGCCAAGGCGCCGUCGAGACUAACAAGGUGAUCGGAGAAUUUUUGAUCAACUUGCUCAAGAACAAGCCAAGCACAGACGCAUGUGUUGAGGCGUUGAACGCGAUUUACGACAUUUACGCGGACGCCGAGUUUGAUUAUGACUUGCCAGUCUAUGUGCAAGGCAACUUCAAUCAGGAGCUGAAGGGUAUGGUGAAGAUGGUGAAGUUUAUGGUCAGGAAUAUCGACCGCCGCAAGGACCGCGAUUUGAGGAAUCGGGCGGACGAGGCGUCGAUGAACCUGGUCGAGUUUGUCAAGUACAAGGAGAAGGAGCGUCGCUAA